CAGGAUCACUGAUCUACAUCGAUCAUCUCCCGGGAAAAACAACUGCUCAUUAUGUGGUGAAGAUUAGCGAAUUUGCGCAGAUCCUUGCUCAAAUGUAUCCCCUCAAACACGCUCACACAGGCUUAUCCACCAUUGUUGUCAUCAGCGAUGAGACACGUCUAUGGGAACGAUUGACUGGACAGAGAAAGGACAACAAACUAGUGAAACACGGUAGAAACACUUAAACAUGAAUGUUGCAUGACCCACAAGCCUAGUGAAACAUUGUAGACAUACUAAUCUGGACCAGUUGUUGGUGCUUGUAGAAUAAGGGUUUCAGAUGGGGGAGGUGAGAAAACUCCAGAAGAAACUGAGACAGAUUGAGAAUCUGGAGAUCAACAUUUCUCAAUCUCUCACUCCAGAAGAAAGAGUUAAGAUCUCCAGGAAGGCGGAGCUCCGCACCAGAUUGGCUGAACUUCUGCUGCAGCUUUCUGGCCCCCAGCAAACUCCGGGGAUUGUGGGAGGAGGAAAACAUGAGAAGAUGAAAAGACAAGUUGAAGCCACCUCUGAGGCUCUUCCAUCACACAGCCCCUCUGCUACCAAGAUCCCCAAGGGAGAAGCAGAGCCGACAGGCCGACAGAAGAAGACAGGCAGUCAGAAGGAGACGGUAACAAGGGGAGAGACAGGAAGAAAGGAGGAGACAGGAGGACGGAGAGAGACAGGAGCAGGGAAAGAGCAGUCAGAGCCCUGUCUAGCUGUGACCGACACAAGCCCCAAGGAAAACCAGGAAGAUGCCGAGUUUACAUCUCUCAAAGCAUCAUGGGAGAAAGCCAAGUUUCGCUUGAGGUCGCUGGAGGGUCACAGUGACAUCGUCACCUGUGUGGUUGCUGUUGACAACCUGGUGAUCUCCGGCAGUCGAGACACAACAGUAAAGGUGUGGCACGUUCCUACGGCAACCGAGCAGCGGAAUAUGGGAGGUCACACUGGUGGAGUCACCUGUCUAUCUGCCCCUCCGCCUGAAUACUGUAGGAGACUUGCCUGGGAACUGUCUCUGGGAGACAAGGAGAGGUUCAUCUUGAGUGGUUCAGCGGACUGUUGUGUGAGGAUCUGGGCUUUAAGCACUGGCCAGUGUGUAAAGUCCAUCUACACCUUUAACUCUGUGACUGCUCUCUGCUUUGUGCCUGAAGGAGAUGGCUACAUCAUCACAGGAUCAGAUGGGGGUAAAGUCCAGGUCUGGAGCUGGCAAAGCAUGGACAACUGUCAAUCAAUCAACGCCCAUGAGGAGGCUGUGACCUCCCUACAGUCCCAGGGUCCCCUGGUGUUCAGCAGCUCAGCAGAGGGUGGGGUAUCUGUGUGGGAGGGGCUCUGCACCAACCGCGACCCCCUGCAGCUGUUACAUCAUUGGGACGCAACGGUAACGGGCUGCGGGAGUCAGGAAGGUCGUCUGACCCUCAGUCCCCGUGGUGACAGGCUCUUCGUUGCCUACGGCAGAGCCAACCUUAGGAUUCUCAACUGGAGGACAGGGACCGUGUCCAGGCUAACCAAUCACAGCAGCAUCGCUGGAGUAACAGAUUGUGUACAUCAGACAGGAGGACUCCUCAUUGGCUCAUGCUAUGAUUUGGCGAAUGGGGAAAGCACCUUGAACUUGUUCUCUUUACCUCAGUGCAGGUACCUGGCCUCGCUGACCUGGGCGGAUGCUCCGAGAAUCCUUUGCUUUGCAGCGUGGCUCACGGGCAGUGGGGGUCACCGCUGGGUCACCGGAGGUCGUGCCCUUACGGUGUGGGAGCAGCUCCCCAGCUCCGGGAAGCAGAGGGGUGAUGUCACAACGAAGCGAGACAACCGAUUGGACGCCUCCCUGGUAGAAUCAGAGGGAGAUUCCGAGGACGAGGAGGACAGUGAUGAUUACGAUGAUGACAAAGAAGAGGACUUCACAUCCCAAGGUGCACCAGCGUCGGGCUCAACGUCGUGGCUUCGCUGUGUUCUCCAGUGAGAGCAAGUUUCACGCCGCCACCAAGCUCCUCGCAGCAUGAAGAGCAACGAAGGCGAGAGGAAGGGAGUGAGGGGGACAGAGGAGUAGGAUAGGGGGGGGGGUGAAGUGUGACAGAUUGAGAGAGUGGCGGAGGUGGAAAGAGAGCAUACGGAGAGGGAGGGAGUGCGAGCGAGAGAGAUCAUUUUCUAUGUAAAUGUUGUCGUUUCAUGUAUGCAAUAAAGCUGUCAUACUGUGACCUUCCUGCCUCCAAAUAUUUCUCCUUCAU